AUGGGUUGCACCGCCUCGAAGAUGGAGCACGCAGUGACGGAUGACAUCAACGGCAGGGCCGACAUCGAGGAGGCACGCGCGGAGAUCCAGUCGCUCAAGGACGAGAUCCAGGCGCUCAAGGACGAGAACCAGGCGCUCAAGGACGAGAACCAGGCGCUCAAGGCGGGGACGCCGGACGACUCCGACAAGUGUGGCACUUCGCGCUACAUCAAGGCCGACGCGCUCGUGAACAAGGUGCAGGAGCUCAAGAUUGAGGUCCAAUCGCUCAAGGCGGGGUCGACGCCGGACGGCUCCGACAAGCUUGGCACUUCGCGUGACGUGAAGGCGCUCGAGGACGAGGUCCAGUCGCUCAAGGCGGAGAAGCCGGACGGCUCCGACAAGUUUGGCACUUCGCGCGACGUCAAGGCACGCCCGCCCCCCACACCCUCGAUCUUCCUGGUUCUUGCCGGCCUCGAGGCGCUCGUCGGGGCGCCGCUCAUGGUGGACGGCUCGCUCUUCAAGGCCAUGGAGACGGAGCACUGCGGCGAGAAGGAUGCGGACGUGCCGUUCGACACCUCCAACGGCAUCAAGGGCGCGACCUCCAAGCUGGAGUGGGAGUUUGUCGUCGCGCCUGUCGAGGACCAGGACGGCCGCUACGCCGAGCGCGGCGGCGACUUCCGCACGGCCCACUCCGAGUGGUGCCGCAAGCCGGAGCCGCUCCCGGUCUACGAGGCGAAGAUGGCGGACGAGAUGAACCCGAGGCUCGAGGCGGCGGGGCAGGCGCCGCUCACCAAGGAGGAGCUCGUCGCCGGCCGGCUGUACACGGGGCCGAUGUACGAGAAGUACAACGCCGUCCUUCGCUUCUUCGCGGCGCUCGGCGCCGACGGCGCUGUGCGGCUGGUGUACGCCUCGAUGGAGGAGGUGCCCUUUCUGCAGAAGAAGUGCGGCUGGCUUCACCUCGGCGAGUGGGUUGCGACGGCGGCGGGCAAAGGCGAGCCGGCCGCGGUGCGCUGGACGUGGAACAACAAGUACACGACCACCAUCCACGCGAUCAACUCGAUCAUUGUCAAGCUGUCGCCGCUGACCAAGAUCACGCCGCUCUACCGCGGCUGGGCGGGCGCCACGCUCCCGGAAGCCUUCUUCAAGCCGGACGCGCUGGGCUUCCGCGGCGGCGUCGAGUACGGCUUCUCGUCGACCACCACCGACCGCGCGCAGGCGGUGCACUACGCGGAGGGCAAGGCGUCGACGGUGCUCGAGCUCGGGAUGGGCAUGAUCGACCGCGGCGCCGACAUUGCGUGGCUCUCGCAGUACCCGCACGAGAGGGAGACGCUGCUGCCGCCGCUCAUGGGCCUGCAGGUGCGUUCGACGGGCGUGGAGGGCAGCACGAUCGUCAUCCAGAGCAGCUUCUCCAUCAACAUGGCCUCGCUCACGCUCGAGCAGGUGGCGGGCAAGCGCAAGAAGCUGCUCACCGACAUGGGCGCGCAGAUGGCGGCGGAGGUGCGCCGGGGGGUGGCUGGGGAGGCAGCGGAGGAGGCGUCGCAACUAGUUCGCGUGCAUCUCGGCCUCGAGCGAUGCGCGGACGCCGGUGCGGCGGACGAGCGGCUCGAGGCGCCGCUCGGCGACGAGGCUGAGGCGUACAACAACGACCUGCGCUUCCAAGCGGCGGUCGGCGACGCGCUCAAGGUGAAGCGCGCGGCGGUGCUCGCGGCGACGAUGCAGCACGGCGGCGGCAGCGGGCUUGCCGCGGCGAUGGAUACGGUACUGCCGCUGCAGGCCAGCGGCGUCGAUUUGACGGGGUUCCCCCUUGGGACUACCGGCUGGAUCAAGGCGAGCGAGGUCGAGGGCGAGUCCAAGGAGGUCGGGGCGAAGGUGAUCUACCAGGGGCGCGAGAUGGUUGUGAGCACGGGCGUGACUCGCGACUCCGAGGACGAGGAGGACGGCAAACUGAAGCUGGUCGAUGACGGGAUGGUGGGAACAGUGGUCGCGUGGAUGGAGUCGGAGCCGUCGGCGCUGACGUCGCUGACGCUCGACUGGGGCAAGGUGUGCGGCCGCGUGCGGGAGGCGCUGCUCGGCGCGGUGCGGAAGACGCACACGCUCGUCGCGCUGAGCGUGGGCGAGAUUAAGGCGAUGCCGCUCAACCCGCUGCAGCUCAACGGGCGCGAGGCGGUGCCGUCGCUCGAAUUGUCGUCGAAGUUCCUCGGACCCGCAUCGGCUGCGGUCGUCGCGGCGGGGGUUUCGGUCAACGGGGUGCUGACCUAUCUGAGCCUCCGGGGCAAUGGCAUCGGCGACGAGGGCGCCAAGGCGCUAGCAUCCGCUCUUCGAGUCAACGCGGUGCUGACCAACUUGAACCUCCAUGGUAACAGCAUCGGCGCAGAGGGCGCAAAGGCAAUCGGCGAGGCGCUUGCGGUCAAUGGGGUGCUGAAAUACCUCAACCUCUGGGGCAACAGCAUCGGCGACACAGGCGCCACCGCAAUCGCAGACGCUCUGCGGGGCAACGGGGUGCUCACCGACCUCAACCUCGGCCACAACCAGAUCCGCAACGGGGGCGCCGCUGCGAUCGUCGAGGCGCUGCGCGUCAACGGGGUGCUGAAAACACUCAACCUCGACGGCCACCAGCUCGACCUGCCAAAGCUGCGUGGCACCGAUUCGGUGACCUCCCUCGACCUCUCGCGCAAGAGCCUCGGACCCGUCUCGGCUAUCGUGAUCGCGUCGCUGGUUUCAGGCAAUGAGGUGCUGAAAAGCAUCAACCUCGAGUACACCAAUUUGGGCCCCACCGGCGCGACUGCGAUCGCCGAGGCGCUGCGCGGCAACGGGGUGCUGACGAGCAUCGACCUCCAAGGCAACAAUUUCAGCAAAGAGGGGAAGAAAGCGAUUCAGGAUGCGGUGAGCGGGCGGGAAGGGUUCAAGCUCAAGAUGUGAGUGGGCUCUGAGAGCGGAGUCGGCCAGGGGGACGUACGUGCAUGGGAUUAGAGUCUUGAGAAACGC